AAUAUCCACAACUGCGCUACAUAUAUUUGCAUCUGCUCUGUCGGCCUUCCUCAGAUAACCCCCGCCAGCAAGGCAUCAGGUGGGACCCUGACCCAGGGCGACAUCAUCUCAGCCAUCGAUGGGGUCAGCACCGACGGGAUGACGCACCUGGACGCCCAGAACAAGAUCAAGGCGGCCACCAACAAACUUACGCUCUCAAUGCAGAAAUCAAGACGUCCAGCUCCAGUUCCCACGGCAACUCCAAGAAUGGAGUCACCGAUGCCCAUCAUCCCACACCAGAAGGUAUGUUGUUGUCACGAAGCAGAGCUCUGCUGUCCUCUAGUGGAGAAUAUUCAGAGCAGCUGCAGGGAGGUCAGAGGUCAGCAGAGCCUGACACAAACACAGAGCAAUGUAAAACUGGCUGCCACCUUUAGUGUAUUUUAAAUUGUUUCACAUAUAAAUUAUGUGCAUGUAUUUUAAAUUGUUUUUAAAG